AUGGACUACGAAUUCCACAACGCCAACGCCUGGGAAGAAACCAACCCCGUCACCCCCGUCCGCAAAGCCAAAAAGCCCAAAAAGAAACCCAAGAAGAAGCCCUCCGCACCCCCCUCCGUCGCCGGCUCGGUUCGCGCGGCCAGUCCCGCCCGCUCCAACAUUGGCGUCCGCAUUGACCCUAGUAGCCCGCCUCCGGGCAGCGCGACCGUCCUGCCAGAUCCACCACCAGUACCGCCAAGUCCCGCGAGAUCAACAAGUAAUAGGAGCAGUAUCAGCAAUAACAGAAAUGCAUCUGCUGCAGGCCGGGCGACAAGUCCUGCAAGAUCUGUCAGCAGCGCGGGAGGUAGGACCCGCUCGGGAUCUUCAAGUGUCUGGGUUGGGACGGCCACUCCUUCCAGAGCGCAGUCUGUAAAGAGCCCGUCGUCCGUCAUUGCGCCAUCGGAGUAUGAUGAUCCCUGGGGAGAGAACCGGAAGUCGUCUUCUGACUUUCGGGAUGAUUUUUACGACGGAGACGACGAUGAGGAACUGGAUGAGUUGGAUGAUCCGCAUACUCUAUCAGCGUACACUAGGCCGAUUUAUUACGACAAUGGGGAUAUAUGGGGCGAGGCAGAUCCAUAUGAGGGACCUGAUGGGCUGCGGAGAGAGAACGAAGGUGUAAGGUUGGAGAGACUCGGGGCCGCUCCAAAUGGUCACUUUGAGAUAGCGGAGCGCCGUAGUGCCAUCUUUGAUGAACGAUUCUUUGGGCCCAGAGGUGUAAAUCUCCGCCAUAUCGCGCAAAAGACAAACACGUACGUGAGCAUGCCGAAUGACGGUGCAGACCCUCAAGUGCACAUAUGGGGGCGGCCAGACCAGGUCGCUCGCGCCACCCGAGAUCUUAUGCUCCUGUCAGAGCACAUCUUCCACCAGAUGAACCUCGAUGCAAAGGAUAAAAAGGACGCCCGAAAAAAAGGUCGUCCCGGCCGUGAACGUGAACAUGACUGGGCCAGAGUCCGAGCCCAGCCCAGCGAGCGCAAGCAGCGCUACCUCGACCAGGAGAGGCGCAGGGAAGAGAGGCAGCUGGAUGGGUAUAUGCUUCAAGUCCUUGGGGAGGACCCGGACGCUGUGGAUAAAGCUGUUGCAAGACUGUAUGGAGCAUUCUGUGGGGCAGCUGCAAAGGGUCGCACAAUCACGGAUAAGCACCUUCUUCAUCCUCCGUCUAUGGAUUUACAGAACACCCGUGUUAGUCUUAUCAGAGAACGGGAGCUGGAGAACUGUCAGACAAUAGAGAGAUUCUGGGGGAGUACGGGAGUACGGGCUCUCCUCGUGGGCGAAUUCCCAUCCUGGGAAUUUGUAGAGGCCUGGAAGACCAGGAGGGAAAUCCUGGAGGCAGCCAAUGACCGUUUUAUCAAGAAAGCGAUGAAUGAAGGACUGAGAGAAGUCGUUUACUUUAGAGGUUAUGCCUCUUUGAAGAUAAACUUCGGGACUUUGGUUCUCUUUGGUUAUAAAACACCACCGCCAGAGGGGUACUCUAUUGAUGAUUUCUCUCGCAUGGUCCGGGACCCAAUGAUAUGUGGAGAGCUCAUCAAGCACAUAGGAAAGGAGCACAUCGCAAAAGCAUUAAUUACCGAAUGCCACGCACGAAAGGACCUCUUCCACCACGUGGACCGCGGCCACUCCAAAUUCGCCGAAAACCCCUACGGCGACCUCGUCGACGGCCAGGGGGAUAUCCACGACAUCCACGACGACCUCGAUAUCCCCGACCCCACCAUCGAGGCACAUUCGAGUGCACAAUCUACAAUGGGCCCUUCGCCUCCAAGAUCCGCCUCGAGAUUGAGUUUGAGCGCAUCCCCGAAGAGCGCCAACCCCAACAACAUACGGGGUGGUGUCAGGCAACGCCGCAAGGGCCCUGUCGACAUCAAGGUCAUGGAUCUGGAGUCAGACCUUGCGUGGCAGAUAGAGUUCCACACGUACGAGUUCUGUCCCGAUGCAGACAAGUACCCGAUUUUCAAGGACUUCCUGAAGAAGAUCCGCAUCGAGGAGAUCCCCGACGAGUCCGAUCCCAUUGGACCCCCGCGCCCGGGCAGCGCGGAUUCCAGGAGGAGGGUCAAGAGGAUCUGCUACGCGAACCUCCCGGGACUGGUGGUGGACAAGAUUGUGCAGAAGACGAAGCACCAGUAUUGGAUCUCGAGAACGCAGUACAAGUUCGAGAUCACCCAGUACGAAUGCUUCUUCCCCGAGAGCAUCGGACCGAGCCGUAUGAGUCUGACAAAUCUAUACCCGCUCGGCAUCCAAAUCUCCUGGAAAGGACUGGCAACAGACCACGACGUCCGCUGGGGGGCAUCUCUCAUGAAUGCCGACUGGACACACAAUCUCGCGCAGCAGUCUUUAAUUGGACUGGGGUGCUCGGGCGACUGGGAGCCGGAGAUAGAAAGCUUCUUUAAAAGCUCGGGUGUCGGUGGGUUUAACCACCCAAUGUGGACAAGGGAUGGGAAUGUCCUAGGUGGCCCAGACCCUGGGAUGGGGACGGGUGGAAGGAGCUCAUGA